AUGACAAAUGGUGAUGUAAAAAUCCAAAAUAUAUUGCUCAUGGGCCAGCUAUCAAGAAACACCCUGCUGUGCUGUGGUGUGGCGAAUGAAGGCAUUUUCAACCAUAAACAAGGUUUUUCCACCAUGUUUGGAAAGAAAAAGAAAAGGCUUGAAAUUUCUGGACCGUCAAAUUUUGAGCACCGGGUUCACACUGGAUUUGAUCACAGAGAACAAAAAUUUACAGGACUACCUCAACAGUGGCACAGCUUGCUAGCGGACACCGCAAACAGGCCGAAGCCUAUGGUGGACCCUUCAUGUAUCACACCCAUCCAGCUUGCUCCCAUGAAGACUAUCGUUAGAGGAAAUAAACCUCAAAAGGAUACUUCAAUCAAUGGCCUGCUAGAAGAAUUUGACAAUAUCUCAGUGACACGCUCUAAUUCCCUACGGAAGGAAAGUCCUCCCACUCCACACCAAGGAAACUCAAACCAUGUACAAAGCCACCAGGAAGAAAAUGGUUAUAUCACAUAUUCUCAGUAUUCCAGCGAGUCGGACACCACGGCAGACUAUGUCACUGAAAAAUAUAGAGACAAGAGUCUUUAUGGGGAAGAGUUAGACAGAUACUGCCAAGGUAGCUUCACCCCAAAACAGAAUGGACACGUGAUGAAAACAAAACCCAGAGACGCCUAUUAUUCAGAAAUUAAGCCCCUGAAGUCAGACAUCUCAAGGUUCCUUCCAGAUUACCAUACACACAUGGAAACAAAAAGCAAACCCAUUGAGUACAGUGGCCUAAAGUUGGAAUAUCAAAGGAUUCUUAGUGGAUCGUCUCUAGACUACAGAGAACCUUUUCACUACGCUCCAUCUAGAACUUCAGUGCAGAGUGAGUGCUCAAAAGAGAGACUGGAAUACAGUGACAGCGACUGGGGAAAUGGACCAGACAAGGAUGACUAUGACAAAAGACCGAAGUCGUCCUAUGUAAACCAGAUAAGUCCUCAGCCAGCCAUGAGACAGAGAUCCAGAUCAGGUUCGGGUCUUCAGGAACCAGUCGUGCCAUACGGAGCAAGUGCUUUUAAAUCAAAUCAGCAAGGGCAUUCGUAUAGUUCAUACACCUACCCUCGCUUGUCGGAAACGGCAGGAGGCAUUCCAAAGGUGGAUUACGAUCGAGCACAGAUGGUAGUUAGCCCACCACUAUCUGGAUCAGAUACCUACCCUAGAGGCCCAACAAAGCUACCUCAAAGUCAAAGCAAAGUUAGCUGUUCAGGUAGUAGCUUCCAGUAUCCUUCAGUCUAUCACAAAGCCUCUCAUUAUCACCAGCCAGCCCUCCAGUCAAGCUCUCCUUAUAUUUCCACGGCUUCUUACCCAAGCUCCCCAAGUAUCACGUCAAGUGCUUAUCCCCCACCUAGCUGGGGUUCAUCCUCCGAUCAGCAGCCCUCCAGGGUGUCACACGAACAGUUCAGAGCUGCCCUCCAGCUCGUUGUCAGUCCCGGUGACCCCAGAGAAUACUUGGACAACUUUAUCAAAAUAGGAGAAGGCUCCACGGGGAUCGUUUGCAUUGCCACUGAGAAGCACACCGGAAAGCAAGUCGCAGUGAAGAAAAUGGAUCUCAGGAAACAGCAGAGAAGAGAAUUACUCUUCAAUGAGGUUGUAAUAAUGAGGGAUUACCAUCAUGAAAAUGUGGUUGACAUGUACAACAGUUAUCUCGUGAGCGAUGAGCUCUGGGUUGUUAUGGAGUUUCUGGAAGGUGGUGCUUUGACAGACAUAGUGACGCAUACAAGAAUGAAUGAAGAGCAGAUAGCUACAGUUUGUCUGUCUGUACUGAGAGCGCUGUCCUACCUGCACAAUCAAGGGGUUAUUCACCGCGAUAUAAAAAGUGACUCUAUACUUCUCACGAGCGAUGGAAGGAUAAAAUUAUCGGAUUUUGGGUUCUGUGCCCAAGUUUCCAAGGAAGUUCCGAAAAGGAAAUCUCUUGUUGGAACACCAUACUGGAUGGCACCGGAGGUGAUAUCCAGACUGCCUUAUGGAACUGAGGUGGAUAUCUGGUCACUUGGUAUCAUGGUAAUAGAAAUGAUAGAUGGAGAACCACCUUAUUUCAAUGAGCCACCGCUCCAAGCAAUGCGCAGAAUCCGAGAUAACUUACCCCCACGAGUGAAGGACAUACAUAAGGUUUCCUCAGUGCUCCGAGGGUUCUUAGAUCUGAUGUUGGUGAGGGAGCCCUCCCAGAGAGCAACAGCACAAGAACUAUUAAGACAUCCAUUUUUGAAACUGGCAGGCCCUCCUUCUUGUAUUGUGCCACUCAUGAGGCAAUACAGGCACCGUUGA